AUAAUUGAGCGGCACAGGGAGCACAACGGCAAUCAGCGGACUUAAGUGGACAACAACAAGAAAAUCCCAUUUCCAGUACACAUCUGACGCCCAUAAACCAACAAGAAUAUAGCUCUUAUCUGGCGAUACGGCUGGCAUAUCAGGCGUAUCAGUAAUCUAUAAAUCUCAUUGGUGUUUCAUUUUUUUCAUUGGGCACAGCAUGAUCGCACAUUUGAGACAUUUGACGAGGGGGCUGCCUGUGCAGCGUGGCCAGCUUAAGCAGUUGCAGCAGCUGCGCAGCGUUUCCUAUUUGAUUGACCAGCCCGAGUACAGUUUUCUCAAGGAUCUCGGCCUGGAGCGCGAUAAUCCCGGCGUCUUUUCCGGCCAUUGGCAGGGCCGCGGAAAAAGCAUUACCAGCUACGAUCCGGGCAGUGGUCAGGCUAUCGCCACAGUGCGUCAGGGUAACGUCCAAGAGCUGCAGCAGUGCAUCGGUCUGGGCGUGGAGGCCUACAAGCAGUGGCGCCAGGUGCCCGCUCCGGUGCGGGGAGAGAUUGUGCGUCAAAUUGGCGACGAGCUGCGCAAAUACAAGGAGCCGCUGGGCAAGCUAGUCUCCCUUGAGGUGGGCAAGAUCUACAGCGAAGGUCAGGGCGAGGUGCAGGAGUUCAUUGAUAUCUGUGACUAUGCGGUGGGUCUCUCACGCAUCUAUGCCGGACAGCUCAUCAAUUCGGAGCGUGCCGAGCACACAAUCCUCGAGGCCUGGCGUCCCUUGGGCCUCGUGGGCGUCAUCUCGGCCUACAAUUUCCCGAACGCUGUAUUCGGCUGGAAUGCAGCGAUUGCUCUGGCAACUGGAAACAGUGUGCUCUGGAAGGGUGCACCUAGCACACCGCUGGUCUCCGUUGCCACCACUCGCAUUGUGGCCGAGGUGCUGCGCCGCAACAAUCUGCCGGCGGUAGUCGGCCUCUGUCAGGGCGGCACCGAUGUGGGUGCUACCCUCGUCGCCGACAAGCGCGUGAAUCUCUUGAGUUUCACGGGCAGCUGCCAGACGGGCCGUGAUGUGGGUGUGGAGGUGCAGCGUCGCUUCGGCAAGGUCAUACUGGAGCUGGGCGGCAACAAUGCGCUGAUUGUCGACGCGUCGGCCAACAUGAAAAUGGCCUUGGAUGCGGCGCUCUUUGGCUGCAUCGGCACCACUGGCCAGCGCUGCACUACCACCAGGCGCAUCAUUGUGCACGAGCAACUGCACGAUAGCUUCGUGGAUGCUUUGACCAAGAAGUAUGCACAGCUGUUGCCACGCAUUGGCCAUCAGUUGGAGGCGCAAACGCUGGUGGGACCCGUGCACACCCAGCAGAACGUGGACAACUACAAAGCGACCAUAGAGGAGGCGAAACUUCUGGGCGGCACUGUAGCCUUUGGUGGAAGCGUGCUGUCGCGUCCUGGCUAUUAUGUGGAGCCGACCAUCAUCACCGGGCUGCCUCAUGAUGCGAGCGUUGUGCAUCGCGAAACAUUUGCGCCCAUUGUAUAUGUGCUGAAGGCGCGCAAUGUGGACGAGGCCAUUGCCUGGAACAAUGAGGUGGAGCAGGGUCUGUCCUCGGCCAUCUUUACGGAGAACAUCGGACAGGCGUUCAAAUGGAUUGGCGCCCAGGGCUCCGAUUGUGGCAUCGUUAACAUAAACACCACCACAAACGGUGCCGAGAUUGGCGGCGCCUUUGGCGGCGAGAAGGCAACUGGCGGUGGUCGCGAGUCCGGCUCAGAUGCCUGGAAACAGUACUGCAAGCGGGCCACCAUCACCGUGAAUCAUUCGGGCGAACUUGCCUGCGCCCAGGGCGUUGUCUUCAGCGUGGAGUAAACA